UGAAUAAGCUAAAUAAAUCAAAACCAAACAAAAUGUUCAAAAUCAUCGCUUUCGUCUUCGCUGUUAUUGCCUGUGUUUGCGCCGCACCAAAACCAGAUGUUAUCGCAUACAGUGCUCCAGUUGUGGCCGCUCCAUUCGUAGCAAGCAGCGCAGUAGUUUCCCGUGAAUUCCAUGGCAAUACCGCUAAUUACGUGGCCACUUACCCUUAUGUUGAAGCUUAUUCAGCACCAUACAUUGCUGCUGCUCCAUACACCGCAUAUGCAUCGACAGUUUUAUUGUAAAUUGUAUGCUGUGAAUUAUAUCAACCGCUGACAAUCAAGAGGCUUUAUCCCGUCAUCAAUUGAUUCAUUUUUGAUUUGUACAAAACAUAUUUCGAACUUUUGAAGUGCAACUAUCAAUGAAAAAUAAAUCAUUUGCUUUUUUAAAAUUUAAA